UCACAACUGACCUGAGGGAUACUUGUCAACUGCACUGAUCUGCCAAUAUGCUGAGGUUUUUGAGGAUGAACCCCUCAAAAGCAGUUGCUUUCCUGGUGGCAACUGUUGUCCUGGCUGUGACUUUUCUCCAUAAAGAUACAGUACAUCAAGUAAUCAUGAGAGAUGAUGUCAUUCAAACAAAGCUGCCCCCCACGACUUCACCUUACAUUUAUUCCUGGCCAAAGUGUCAACAAAACAUGUCUGCUGCCAACAUCAUGAACUUCAGCUCUCUCCCUGGUCAUAUACAAGACUUUCUGUACUAUCGCCACUGUCGACAUUUCCCCAUGCUACUAGACAUUCCUGAUAAGUGUGGAGGACCCGACAGAUCUGCAGAAGUCUUUCUUCUACUGGUCAUUAAAAGCUCUCCUGUGAACUAUGACCGCCGAGAAGUACUGCGCAAAACUUGGGCUGAGGAGAGAUUACAUAAUGGUGUGUGGAUCCGAAGGCUCUUCAUCUCAGGAACAACAGGUGAUGGUUUUGAGAAAGAAAGACUGAACAAACUCCUUGAAAUGGAGCAACGUGAGAAUAAUGAUAUUCUCCAGUGGGACUUUAGUGACACAUUUUACAACCUCACCUUGAAGCAAAUACUCUUCCUCGAAUGGAUGGAAAGAAACUGUCCACAUGUUCACUUCCUGGUAAACGGUGAUGAUGAUGUCUUUGCCAACACAGACAACAUGGUUGAGUAUCUCCAACACUUUGAAAAAAAAGGUGGACAGAAGCACCUCUUUACUGGCCAUCUGAUCCAAUAUGUUGGCCCAAUUCGAUCCCCAUACAGUAAGUAUUAUAUUCCAGUUCAGGUACAGGAGUCAGACUCUUAUCCCCCUUACUGUGGUGGUGGGGGUUUCCUUUUAUCUGGUUACACAGCUUUGAUUAUAUACAAAAUGUCCCAAUCUAUCACUCUUCUUCCCAUUGAUGAUGUUUACAUGGGAAUAUGUCUGUCCAAAGCAGGACUUCAACCUGAGUCCCACGCUGGUGUGAGGUUAACAGGACUUUAUCUUUCUUCCAGCAAAGAUGAUGGCUAUGAUCCUUGCUUUUAUAGAGAAACUCUACUCGUUCACAGAUUCCUGUCAGGUAGCUUGUAUCUGAUGUGGCACCAGAUUCAUGACCCUAAUCUGAAAUGCUCUAGCAGUGACUAAAAAAAGCCAUGACUUUGGCGUUGCUCAUUUACGCCAAACAAAAAGCAACAUCCUGGCCUUUAAUGAUGCCUUUCAAGACUUAAAAUGUUUUUUUUUUUUCUUUUUUUUUUUUUUUUUGUUUAUGGUUACAAACCACCAGCUCUUAGUUCAGUGUUUUAAAUGUUUCUUUUUGGAGCUUUUGCAAUGAGGUUGUACUUAAUUGUAUUAUGUGGAAAGCUGUGCAAUAAUGUGUUAUACUCAAACUCUAGCUGAUUACAGUUCAUUAAUUACAGUGUGAUUAUAUGGUGUAUAAAGGGUUCAAAAUUUACUUUUUUCCCUCAUUUUUUCAAUGACUUUGUUUUAAGAUAUAAAACACUUGCUAUAUGGUAAAGUUUGCUGUUAGUAGGGAACAAAACAGGAUGCUAAUCCUGAAGAAGAAGGUAUAUCUUUAACUUUUUGGGCUGUGAUUUUGUGCACAUUUUGGAAUAGCAAAUACAUUUCUGGUGAGGACUAAUAUAGCUUGGGUUCCACAAGCAGAUGAUAUUACACAAGCACAGACUACCAAAUAUCCCCAAAUUUUAUACAGAACUUCAACAACAAAUGUAUUCAUCCAUUAUGAAACAGGCAAGCAAGGAUAAAAUUCACAACAAUAUAUUUAGUAAUCAGACUUUUAAAAGUCUGAGAUGUUUUUUAAACAAACAAAACUUGCUUCAUGGCAAAUCCCAAUAGUGUUGUCAGCAAGAUCUCUAUUCACCACUGGCAGAAAACUAAACAAUGACCAAACUUAAAAUGAUAAUAAAAAAAUAUAUAAAAUAAAUAAAACAUGGUGGGAAAUGCACUAUAACUUACUAGACUGAAUAUUUACUAAACUAUUGCUGAAUUUGUAGG